AUGAUGACGGCGCCGAUGCCGCAUCCGUUCCAAGCCCAUGUUCCGGCGACACCUCCUCCUGAGCAGCCGUUAUUCGGCAAAGGCCCAAUGUCUCCCGAUAUGUCCAAGACAGGAACAACAACCACAACAACUUCUCAACAAGAAGCAUUCUUCAACAUGUUUGCUGCGCAUGCCCAGCAAGUACGGGAACAGCAACGACAAAAGCAACGACAGCAAGAUGCGCAGCAGCAGCAACAACAACAACAACAACAGCAGCCAACCCCCGUAUCCUCCCGGCAGUCUAGCAGUAGCGCUCCCGUACCACCAACACCACAAUCACAAAGCCAAACACAUACACCGCAAACAAAUUUCCCCUUCGGUGGCAUGAAGGCGAGCCCUACAGGAACAACAACAGACCCAACCACAACCACGAUCCCCACCCUCGACCCCAAAUACCUCGCCAUGGCCUCGCGCAUCGCCGCCUACUACCAACAACGGUGCCAAGCCAUCGCCAACUUCCAGCAGCAGCGGUGCCAGCAGUGGGCCAACAUGCAGCGCGCCAAGUGCCAGGAGAUGAUGCAGGCCACGAUGCUGGUGGUGGCGUGGUACACCCGGGAUCGGAUCCAGCGAAGGCGCAGGAAGCAGAAGAGGGUGUUUAAGCGCGGGUUGGAGCAGAGGGAAAGGCAGCGGUUGAUGUGCCAGCAGCAGUCCCAGUCCCAGUUCCCAAGAGGGAAUGGAAAAUAUGGAGGAGGGAAUGUUGGGAAUGUUGGAAAAGUGACAAAGGGGGAGGUGGUAAGGAGGUGGGUUCUGGAUGUGCCUAUUGGGAUUUUACCGCCUUCGUCUUCUCCUGUGGCUCCCUUUGCUACUACUACUUCUACGGUAGCGGUAGAGAAGGGAAAGAAGACCAAGACCGAAGACAAAGACUCGCAGCUCUACACCAUCGCGGAUAACUUGAUCAAGUCGCAGCUGGCGAGGAUCGACGUCCCUCUUUUGGGGGUGUUGAACUUGGACGCGAGCGACAGUGAGUCGAGUUCGUCUGACGAAGAAUAUGAGUACGAAGAUGAUGAUGAUGAGUAUGAGGACGACUACGAAGAGGAGUACGACGAAGAAUAUGAGGAUGAGGAUGACGGAGGAGAAGAGUUAGGUGAAGAAGAAGAAGAGCAAGAGGAGGAGAAUAUGGUGUAUGAAUGCGUAUAUGGGAAUGACCAGGGACCGAAGGUGAUGAAGGUUACUGCUCUUCCUGCUGCUUUACAUUAUCAUCAUCAUCAACAGCAGCAGCAGCAGCAGCGUACAAAGGUGGAAGACAAUGCUUUUGUUGUCAUGUCGUCGUCGCCGGAGGGGAUGGGGUCGGAGGAGGUUCAGUUGGGAAGCGCGGGGAGGAAGAGAGGUGCGAGCGAGAUUUCGUGA